ACACGGAAAGCAGAAAAGCUUAAACCCUAAAUGCAACUUCUUCUCUAACACAUUUAUAGCUACUUCUGUUCUGAGUUCACUUUUUAGUCUCCAUUACCUCGAAUUGGCUUCACUGUUUCACAGCUUUAAUGGCGGCUGGCUCUCGUACGAAGAAGAAAGGUGUGAAAUCUCAGCUUCUGCCUUCAAAGAAGAAGCAAAAGGGUGCUUUGUUCACUGAAAAGCGCCCCACCAAGGCAGCAGAUAGUUCGGAGGAUGGUUCUGAUAGCCAGAGCGAAGAAAUACAAGAACGUCAGGAAUUGUUUGAUGGAGAUGAGGAAAUAUCAGAUUUUGAACAUGGUUCGGAAAUCUCCUCUGAUGGAGAUGAUGAUCUUUUGGCUGAUGAUUUUCUUCAGGGAAGCGACGACGAUCAAGAGAAAGGUUCAGACUCGGACGUGGGUUCUGAUACGAGUUCGGAUUCAGAUGAAUCUGACAUUGAGAAGAAGUCGAGGGCCAUUGAUGAGCAAAGGAAGAAGGAGGAAGAAGAUGCCGAGGCAGAAAUGCAGCUUAACAUUAAAGGGGAGGCAGAUGAGUUUAGAUUGCCAACAAAAGAGGAACUCGAGCAAGAGGCACAGCAGCCUCCUGACCUUCCAAAUCUUCAAAGGAGGAUAAAAGAGAUUGUCCGUGUGCUUUCAAAUUUUAAGGAUUUGAGACAAGAAGGAACCUCAAGGAAGGAUUAUGUUGAGCAACUUAAAAUUGAUUUGGCUUCAUAUUAUGGAUACAAUGACUUCCUAAUUGGGGUUUUGGUGGAGAUGUUUCCAGUUGUUGAACUUAUGGAACUUAUUGAAUCUUUUGAAAAGCCUCGACCUAUCUGCUUACGAACCAACACUUUGAAGACUCGUAGACGGGACUUGGCUGAUGUUCUUCUUAACAGAGGUGUAAACCUAGAUCCAUUGAGCAAGUGGUCAAAAGUUGGAUUGGUUGUGUAUGAUUCACAAGUUCCAAUAGGUGCAACCCCUGAGUAUAUGGCUGGUUUUUACAUGCUGCAAAGUGCUAGCUCCUUUUUGCCCGUCAUGGCUCUUGCUCCUCAGGAGAAGGAACGAAUAAUUGAUAUGGCUGCUGCACCAGGGGGUAAAACAACCUAUAUUGCAGCUCUUAUGAAAAAUAGUGGAAUCUUAUAUGCAAAUGAAAUGAAGAAACCAAGGCUGAAGUCACUGACUGCAAAUUUGCAUCGCAUGGGGGUGACAAACACCAUAGUUUGUAACUAUGAUGGGAGGGAGCUGCCCAAGGUUUUGGGUCAGAACUCAGUUGAUAGAGUAUUGUUGGAUGCUCCUUGCAGUGGUACUGGGGUUAUAUCUAAAGACGAGUCUGUUAAAAAUUCUAAAUCCCUUGAAGAGAUACAGCAAUGUGCCCAUUUGCAAAAGCAACUGAUACUUGCAGCAAUUGAUAUGGUGGAUGCGAACUCUAAAUCUGGAGGAUACAUUGUUUACUCAACAUGCUCCAUUAUGAUUCCCGAGAAUGAAGCAGUCAUUGACUAUGCACUUAAGAAGAGAGAUGUCAAACUUGUUCCAUGUGGACUUGACUUUGGGUGUCCAGGGUAUAUCCGUUUCAGAGAGCACCGGUUUCACACGUCCCUAGAAAAGACUAGGCGUUUUUACCCUCACGUCCACAACAUGGAUGGGUUUUUUGUAGCUAAGUUGAAGAAAAUGAGCAACGCCAAGAAAAAUUCUGCAUCUUCUGAAGAUGUGGAAACAGUAGAGCAAACCUCCAUACCAGAUGAGAAUGAAAAUGAGAAUGCUGCAAAGGAAUCUCAACCGCAGUUGAAGAAAGAACGCAAUAAAGGGAAAAAGGACAUCCCAAAGAAAGUUGUGACUGAAAAUGGCAAUCCGGAGUCAAAGCCAACUACAAAAAAAAGGGAGAAAAGAAAAUUUCCAUCCAAGGAGGAAAUCUCCAAAGCCAGAGAAGAGAAGAGACAAGCUUUGAGGAAAGAAAAGCGACCAAAGAGUGGAUAGUGAUAUACGUCUUGAUUAUUCUUUGUAUUUAUGUUUUGCGCUAUUCCCUACAUUCUUCUGUCAUCACUUGAGUUGUGCCUUAAAAAUUUCUAACUUCGAUAAUUUAGCUAAGGUCAAUUGGUACCCUUGGAAUUCUAAGAAAUUCACAAAUGUUAAAGAUGGUCACACAAAAGUCAUCCAUGAAGAUUUUAGAAGUCCUACACAGACGCAAGGCAUUAUUUGCAAGAUGUUGGAUAAAGGAACAUGUGAGAA